CAAACUCUUCUAUCUGAGCCGGAUGAGCCACAAUUCUCUUUCAAUUCAUCAAUCUUAUGCUAUGUUUUCCUAAUCAUAGUUGGCUUAGAUUUAUUCUUAAAGCAGAAAUUGUCAAGAUGGCGACACCGAAGCCGGGAACAUCUAAAUCAAACAUUUCCAGAGCCAAUGCUUCGCAAAUUACCGAACCGUCCGAUCAUUCUCUUGAUACGGAGUUCCACUAUUAUUGCGCUCUCUUACAUGAACUGAUCCCGAACCUUCGCAACCCCGACGAGCAGGAGCACGCCAACCGAUGGCUGACGAAGCUAGUGGAACCGUCCCUGAACGUGCGCAAUCUGCGCGACAAGCGAAACCGCUUUCUGAUGAUGCUUUGCAUAUGUCUGUUGAGUGGACACAUUCAGGCUCCGUUCAAUGCGGCACCGGUUACCAAGCUGCCGGAAGUAUCGUCGAUCAAGAGACCAACGUUCGCACCUCCGGCGUGGCACGUGAGUGCUGCCGAGUGGAAAGACCACUUGUUGCUGCUGUCGGAAUUGUACAAGAAGUUGAAGAUACCGGCCAUCCGGAAGUGCCAAUCUCAUGUUAAACAGUGUACCGGCGGUAAAGAUGCUAGAUCUACAUUCCUGGACAAGCAAUUCGAAUUCUUCCUGUAUCUCACCAAGUACUACAUGCACUCGUUAACUUCUUACCCUGAGCUACGGAUUGCCUGCAAGUGGAUCGAAGUUCUGUCGCAAAUCGAUAGAAACUGCUGUGCUCGAGCCAAGGGCAUCCGUAACGAUCAUCUGCUGGUGUUGAUGAGUUACCUCUUGCAGCAUCAGUUGAUGGGACCAUUUCGCAGACUACCGACCCAUCCACUGGAACCACUUAUGGAAACCGCCCGGAAGGUAGCCAAAAACAAACCCAUGAAUCGUAGCGAUGGAUUGGGAAUCAAUUCAGGUGACGAUUUUCUGAGUCAAUUCCCGAUUCCGGAGGAGGGAGCCUAUGCCUUUAUUUCACUUACUUCGGAUCUCUUUGAAAAAGCCGGGUUGUUAAUAAAUUCUUAGUUGUCAUAAGAUGUGAUUUAUUUCCAAAAAAGACCUACACAAAAAUCUCGCAAUACAUAUAUUCAAUUGGACCAACACAAAAAGUACGUAUCGAGCAACAGCUUUCUCUGAGAAUUCCGUGGUACGGCUUAUCCUAAAAGUACAGCGUUAAAUGCCCGCAUUUUAGCAUGCAUGAACCCCAACUCCCGUUUCGGGUUAAUUUAGGCCAGGGCAGCCUUCAGGUUGUCGCCCAGCUUGGUCAUGAACUCGAAUGUUUCCAUGUAGUCAGCCCGCGUGACGUUGGCCAUACCCUUGAUGCAGAUAGCCAAAUCCUUGGUCAUGUUACCGGAUUCGAUCGUGUCAAUGCAAACCUUCUCCAGCGUUUCGGCGAACUUCUUCAGCUCGGCGUUGUUGUCCAGCUUGGCACGAUGCAGCAGACCACGGGUCCAGGCAAAGAUCGACGCAAUCGGGUUGGUCGAAGUUUCCUUGCCCUGUUGAUACUGACGGUAGUGGCGGGUGACGGUUCCAUGGGCGGCUUCGGCUUCAACAGUCUUGCCAUCCGGACAGACCAGAACCGAAGUCAUCAGACCCAGCGAUCCAAAACCUUGAGCAACGGUAUCGGACUGGACAUCUCCGUCGUAGUUCUUGCAAGCCCAUACGAAACCACCUUCGGCCUUCAUGCAGUAGGCAACCAUAUCGUCGAUGAGACGAUGCUCAUACCAGAUUCCUGCAGCUUCAAACUGGGCCUUGUAGUCCUUGUCGUAGAUUUCCUGGAAGAUGUCCUUGAAUCGGCCAUCGUAUUUCUUCAGGAUGGUGUUCUUGGUGCUGAGGUAUAGUGGGAACUUGCGGUCCAGUGCGACCUUGAACGAGGAAUGAGCAAAGUCCUUAAUCGAAUCAUCCAGGUUAUACAUA